CACUCCCCAUUCCCUACAACUACAACUUAUCUUUGUUGCUGCUUAAAACCACAACUAACGUCACAACCAUAGCUCACAUUUGUCUCUUCUUCAAUCUCCCACUCCCACGUCUUUCUCUCAGGCAAGGUUUUAAAAAACUGCAAGAUUGUUUAAUUGUUUGCGACUGCAUGCAUUAAUAAUAUUUGUGCGUGCAAUCCAUAUUUAAAACCUUGCUCUCAUCAUAUUACUACGCUUCCUCUUCAAUUUCACAACAACAAAUUCAUACAAACCACUGCGCACGCUGUUGGGGAAAUCGUGCAUUGAAUCCACGACUUUCAAGUGCUCGAUCGCAGUUUCAUCAUUUCCAACGUGGUUUUCAGAUUCGGAAAGAGUUCAGUGCAAUUUAAUAACUCUCCACACUACUAUAUCAUCCAUGGUUAACCGUGGAAUCGGUUGAAGAGCAUAUAGAGUUUUUGCGUUGAGGUGGAUCGGAAGGUUAAUUAGCUAGACGGAGAACGUAGGUAAACGGCGAAGACGGAAAGUAGGGUUAGUUUGUGAUUUGCACGUAAGUGCGUGCAAAUACGGUUAGGUGCGAGAAGCUCGUGACUCGUGAGAGCGAAAAUGCCUCACAGAACCACAUACAUUUUCCCGCGUCAGUUUCCGGAGCGAGGAGGGUUGGAUGAAUCUUCCAAACAGCUAUUAGAUCACGAGAAAAAAAAGAUCGUCAACUCAAUCAAACAUGACACGUUUACCGCCGAAAGCGACCCUCCCAAAAAGUCACCUCCAACCAAAGACAACGACGUUGUCGUUCUCUCCUCCGCCAAGCACUCCGCCGUCUCCUACCUCUUCGCUGCCGGCGACAAGUUCCGAACAAAGCACAAGCAAAUCGCCGCGUUCUCCGAUUGGCUGACCGACAAGAAAGCAAGCAGCCAGUGCAGCCCCCGCCACCACGACCGCGACCUACUUCUUCCGCCGGAAACCACCGUCAAGGAUGCCGCCGUUGACCAGAGCUUUGACCGUCAGGUUUCGCUUCCGCGGCUAUCGAGCGGGAGCAGCUAUGCGGGGAGCUUGUUUUCGGGGACGACGUUGGAUUGCAAUUUCUCCAGCGACAUUAAGGAGGAAACGUCGUCGUCUCGCACGCUCACUACUAUUCCCGCGCCGAGGCACAAGAAUGAGGAGGAGGAGGAGGAACAGAGCACCAAGAAGUUGGCGAAGAAGUCGAAAGAAAGCUACAUCUUGCAACUCACGUUAGCGAAGAGGCUCACUUGCUUGGCUACCCUCGUCACCGAACCUGUUCUCACUCCUGGAACCGAAACCUGGGAUGCCGAAUCCGUUUCUUAUCGCCUAUGGGUGAGUGGGUGUUUAUCGUAUACGGACAAGAUAUCUGAUGGGUUUUAUAACAUAUUGGGGAUGAAUCCGUAUCUGUGGGUGAUGUGCAAUGAUGUGGAGGAAGGUAGAAGAAUACCUACUUUGAUGGCGCUAAAAGCGGUUGAGCCCAGCGACACUUGUAUGGAGGUGGUGCUUGUUGAUAGACGCGAGGAUUCUCGCUUGAAGCUGCUUCAGGAUAAAGCGCAAGAGUUGUAUUGUGCUUCUGAGAACACGUUGCUGUUGGUGGAACAACUAGGGAAACUUGUUGCUAUUUAUAUGGGGGGUAUGUUCCCGGUUGAGCAAGGGGAUCUUCACAAGCGCUGGAAGUUGGUUAGUAAGAAGUUGAGAAAUUUUCACAAGUGUGUUGUGCUUCCCAUUGGCAGCCUGUCUAGUGGGCUUUGUAGGCAUCGGGCUGUUCUUUUUAAGAGAUUGGCAGAUUAUAUUGGGUUGCCCUGUCGCAUAGCUCGAGGUUGCAAGUACUGUGUUGCAGAUCAUAGAUCUUCUUGCCUAGUCAAAAUUAAAGAUGACAAGCAGCUCUCAAGGGAAUAUGUGGUUGACCUAGUUGGGGAACCAGGAAAUGUCCAUGGGCCAGACUCCUCAAUUAAUGGAGCAUAUGUUUCUUCAAUGCCUUCCCCGUUUCAAAUUUCUCAUUUAAAAGAAUCACAAUCACCCUAUAUGGAUGACACAGCAAGUUCUAUAAGUUCCAAUCACAGACCUGUUAAUCCUGAAAGUCUUCCAUAUUCAGGCUCUGAACAGAAUGAUCAACAACUUAAUGAAACUGAUUUGCUGAAAAGUCACAAGGGCUCCAUUUAUGCUUCAGUUGAUCAAAUCUGUGAAGGAACAGAACCAUCUCUAAUUCCUUUUGGUUUAGAAGGGAAUGAUGAGGAAUGUGCAGUUCUUAGUUCAGUUUUGCCUACCAUCCAUGAAGAUGUUUCAAAAUCUCUUCAUCCAGCCAUUGAAGCAUCAUUACAUGAAUAUCCAAGGCUUAGUGAAGAUGUAGUGCAAGAAACUUCCCACAACGAGAUAAUUGUAAAUGGAAGUUCUGUGGUGAAAAGUACUUUCCAGCAAUCUAUGCUUGGUUCAUCCUGCCAGUCAGAACUGAAACAGGUAGGCAUUAGAAUUGAAAACCAGGGUUGUUUACCUGCUGCUGGGAAUAUUCCAAGAUAUGUAAAUCUUGAACCGUCACUUGCAAUGGAUUGGCUUGAGAUAUCAUGGGAUGAUUUAAGAAUUAAAGAGCGUGUUGGUGCUGGCUCAUUUGGGACAGUGUACCGUGCUGAAUGGCAUGGAUCAGAUGUUGCAGUCAAGGUUUUAACAGUUCAGGAUUUCCAUGAUGAUCAGUUGAAGGAGUUUCUGAGAGAGGUUGCAAUAAUGAAACGAGUUCGUCAUCCAAAUGUGGUGCUCUUUAUGGGGUCUGUUACAAAACGCCCCCAUCUAUCAAUAGUGACAGAGUAUUUGCCUAGGGGUAGUUUAUACCGCCUGAUACACAGACCAGCAUCUGGUGAAAUUCUGGAUAAGAGGAGGAGAUUACGGAUGGCUUUGGAUGUGGCUAAAGGAAUCAAUUAUCUCCACUGUCUGAAACCUCCAAUUGUGCACUGGGAUCUCAAAUCCCCAAACUUGCUAGUGGAUAAAAAUUGGACUGCGAAGGUUUGUGAUUUUGGAUUGUCCAGGUUUAAGGCAAACACUUUCAUACCGUCCAAAUCUGUUGCUGGAACACCUGAGUGGAUGGCUCCAGAAUUUCUUCGCGGUGAACCCUCCAAUGAGAAAUCUGACGUAUUCAGUUUUGGAGUUAUCCUGUGGGAACUUGUGACCAUGCAACAACCAUGGAAUGGACUUAGCCCUGCCCAGGUGGUUGGAGCUGUUGCUUUCCAGAAUAGGAGGCUUGCUAUCCCUCCAAACAUCUCCCCGGCUUUGGCCUCCCUCAUGGAAUCUUGUUGGGCAGAUGACCCUAGUGAACGCCCAUCUUUUGGUAGCAUAGUGGACUCACUAAAGAAGCUGGUAAAAUCUCCAGCAGAGGUGAUAAAGAUGGCGGAUUCAUAGAGAUACGCCGCAGCCCAUUAUUGGGUUUUCUUGCGCCCGAAACUUGUCGGGCAUUUUAUGGAAACGAUAAUUAACAAUUAACAAGUGUAAUUUUUUUUUGUCGUACUUGUGUAUUAUUUGAGCAAAAAAUAUUUCUUUCCAAAUUUCUUAGGAUAUAUAUACCUUUAGUGCACAAAUUAGAGUGGGAAAAAAUUAUAAUUAUUAUUUGAGCUGUGGUCUCCCAAAAGGGGUCGAGACAUAACAAUUGUUAAAUAGGCUGUCAAAAAAAGCACUUUAACCCACUUUAUUUAGUGCA